CCCAUUGCCGCCACCUUUUCUCCGCCCGUUCCGUCGUCCCUCCCUCCCGCCCGCCUCCGUGCCCGUGCGCGUCUUUAACCGACUUCGGGAGAGAGCCGGGGAGAUGUCAGGGGACGCGGUGGAAGAAUCCCGGGGGGACGAAACCCGACGAUCCGAGACGGCUUCUCCUUCGCCACCCCCGCUGCUCAUCAACGGGAAGCAGCUCUCGCGCCACAAGUUGAGCAGAUACGACUCGCUAGACGUCGAGUCCGCCAAGUGCGCGGGUCAUCAUCCUCAUGGCUCCAAGCAAGCGGUGGAGUGGCGGGUGAUCCUGACCCUGGCGUUCCAGAGCAUCGGGAUCGUGUACGGGGACAUCGGCACGUCCCCGCUCUACGUGUACCGGAGCACCUUCGCCGGGGGGAUCAAGCACAACGACGACGUCCUGGGCGUCCUCUCCCUCAUCCUCUACACCAUAACCUUGAUCCCUCUCCUCAAGUACGUCUUCAUCGUCCUGCGCGCCACCGACAACGGGGACGGAGGGACAUUCGCGUUGUACUCGUUGAUAUGCCGAUAUGCAAGAGUAGGGUUGAUCCCGAGCCAACAACCGGAAGAUCAAGAUGUAUCUAAUUUCCAGCUAGAGCUGCCGAGCAAUCGCCUGCUUAGGGCAUCGAGGCUCAAGUCUAAGCUCGAGAAGAGCCAGUUCGCCAAGUUCUUCUUGCUCUUUGCCACCAUGCUUGGCACUUCCAUGGUCAUUGGUGAUGGUGUGCUCACUCCUUGCAUCUCCGUUCUGUCAGCCGUUGGAGGGAUCAAGCAAGCUACUUCUGCAGUGACAGAAGAUAUGAUAGUAUGGAUUUCGGUGGCAAUACUGGUGUGCCUGUUCUCGGUCCAAAGGUUCGGAACCGACAAGGUAGGAUACAGCUUUGCUCCGAUCAUAUGUGUUUGGUUUGCAUUUAUCGGCACAAUCGGUCUCUAUAAUUUCGUCAAAUACGAUCCGGGAGUCAUCAAAGCCAUCAAUCCGAUUUACAUUGUGGAUUACUUUCGGAGGAACAAAAAGGAAGGAUGGAUCUCUCUCGGUGGCAUUGUCCUUGCCAUAACAGGAACGGAGGCUUUAUUUGCCGAUGUUGGGCACUUCACGGUCCGCUCGAUACAGAUAAGCAUGUGUACCGUGACAUACCCUUCACUCAUAUUGGCUUACGCUGGACAGGCCUCAUUUCUCCGCAAGCAUAAUAGUCUUGUCAGCGACGCAUUCUUCCAAUCUGUACCUGGGCCUUUAUAUUGGCCAAUGUUCGUGAUCGCAGUAAUGGCUGCGAUCAUCGCGAGCCAAGCUAUGAUCUCGGGGACGUUUUCGAUCAUCCAACAAUCGCUCUCGCUCGGGUGUUUUCCUCGCGUGAAAAUUGUGCAUACGUCAUCGAAAUAUGAAGGACAAGUUUACAUACCAGAGAUUAAUUAUCUCCUUAUGUUGGCAUGUGUUGCGAUCACUCUUGGCUUCAGGACUACUGAGAAAAUAGGCAAUGCCUAUGGCAUAGCGGUGGUCUUUGUGAUGACCCUCACAUCUGCAUUUCUGGUGCUCAUCAUGAUCAUGAUAUGGAAAUGGAACAUCUUCGUCGUCAUCACUUACAUUCUAGUUGUGGGCACUGUGGAGCUUCUCUACUUGAGCUCAGUCCUCUACAAAUUCUACCGAGGAGGAUACCUUCCAUUGGCCUUUGCCGCCCUCCUUAUGACCAUAAUGUACGUGUGGAACGACGUGUACCGGCGCAAGUACUACUAUGAGCUCGACCACAAGAUGUCGCCAGAGAAGCUCAGGGAGAUCGCCACUGACCCUGCCGGCCUCUGCCGCAUGCCGGGGCUGGCGGUCUUCUACUCGGAGCUCGUCCAAGGGAUCCCGCCGAUUUUCAAGCACUAUGUGGAGAACGUGCCCGCGGUCCACUCGGUCCUCGUCUUCGUCUCGAUAAAGUCGCUCCCGAUAAGCAAAGUCUCGUCAGAAGAGCGGUUCCUGUUCUGCCGAGUCGAGCCGAAGGAGCUCAAUGUGUUCCGGUGCAUCGUGAGGUACGGGUACACCGACUCACGGAACGAGCACGACGAGCCGUUCGAGUGGCUCCUAUUUCAAAGGCUCAAGGAGUUUGUGGUGGAAGAGAAUUGGACUAUGACCCAUCAAGUGAGGUUACCCAUGGGCAAUGAUGAUGACGAGCAAUUGGUUGACGGGUUAGAGAGUGAAGAGAGUUGUAAGAAUGUGGUCAAACAAGAGGUCGAUGAUGAAGCUGAUGAUAAUUGUAAUCAUAAGGCACAAGAGGCAUUGGAGAGAGAGAUUAGUGUGCUGGAUAGGGCGUGGCGUGCGGGUGUGGUUCACCUAAUUGGUGAGAAUGAGGUGGUGGCAGGGAAAGGGGCUAGCUUGGGGAAAAGGGUCUUGAUCGACCAUGCUUACAACUUCUUGAAGAAGAACUUGAGGCAGAGUGACAAGAUCUUCGACAUUCCCCACAAGCGAAUGUUGAAGGUUGGGAUGACUUAUGAACUUUAGGGAAAAAAAAGUUAGAUAUGUCAUAUUGUGAAUAAAAAGAUAUUACUAAUCAUGAUCAAGGGUUGAAUCAUUGUUAUUAUGGUCGAGAAUCACACGAUGUAAAGCUGGUCUUUAGAGGGCCCAAUGUGUAAAGGGGGUAACAAGGAUGAAUCCCUUAUCUAGUGACAAGUGGUAUUGAUCAUGCAAUGCGAUCUUCAG